AUGGAGGUCAUUCAGGGAGAACUCUCAAAUUCUGUGAAGGCGUUGUUAUCAAAGGUUGCUUAUGCUCUACGCCACGCCAACUGCUCAAGCAUGAGUAGUAAAGUUUCACUCAUGAAAAAGGUUGAGAAAACAUUGGUGGAUCUUCAACAUGUACUCUAUCAUGCUAACAACAAACUCCAAACCAGCUCAUACGUGCUGAAUUUGCUUACUCGUCUUGUUUCUCAAGCUGAAAAUUUACUCGACAAAAGCUAUUUUUUUGGGUAUGCUUAUGCUACCGGACUUAGUCCUGACCAGCUCAAAAUUCAUUCUCGUUUAAGUUUUUUAAUUGUACUGAUUGAGUCUAAAACGGAAAAUUUAAUGCAAAUAUUACAAGGCUUAAGUUCAGGAGAACAAGUUGGUGAUGAUGCAUCUUCUAUAUAUGGAAGAGAGGCUGAUAUAAAGAAACUUAAACAUCUCUUGAUGUCUAGUGAAACAAGAAUGGUUUCUAUUGUUGGUAUGGGAGGGAUUGGUAAAACAGCUCUUGCCAAACACCUUUACAAUCAUCCUCAAGUUAAGGCCAAAUUUGAGUUAAAACUCUGGGCUGAUUUCUCAAAUGAGGUAGAUGUUCUUAAAACCACCCUUCAAUCUAUUACUACUUCACAAACUUUUUUGCUAGUAUUGGAUGGUGUCUGGGAUGCAAGAUCUAUCAAUUGGACACUACUGACGAAUAUCCUUAAUGCCGGGGAAUUGGUAAGUAAGAUCAUUGUCACAACAAGAGAUGAAAGAGUUGCACUAUGCAUGAAAACCUUUCUUUAUGUACAUUAUCUGGGACCCUUGAAAGUUGAAGAUUGUUGGUCUAUACUUGCUGAACACGCAUUUGGAGCACAUAACUACCAACAAGGAUCCUAUCUAGAAGAAAUUGGCGCAUUUAAAAAAGAAGUGCAAGAGGAAAUUGUCAGAAAAAUUGCAAAAAAGUGUGAUGGAUUACCAUUAGCCGCUGUAGAACAUGGAUCUCUUCUUCGCAUCUCAUUAAACCCAUAUGAUUGGAAUUAUGUGCUAGAAAGUCACUUUCAGGAAACAACUUAUGAGGUUGUAGGUUCUCUCAAAUUGAGCUACAAUUUCCUUUCUUAUCGUUUAAAACAGUGUUUUCGAUAUUGUUCAUAUUUUCCGAAGAAGUCCAUCUUAGAAAAAAAGAUGGUAGUUCAGUUGUGGAUUGCAGCAGGCUUACUUGAAUCAUCAUCAUCCACAAAUCAGGAAAAAGUUGGAGGACAAUACUUUGAUGAACUAGUGUCAAGGUCGUUGAUAUAUCGGCGAUCUAUUGGUGAUAAGAAAGGAAACUUUGGAAUGCACGACUUCAUCCAUGAUUUAGCUACUGAGGUUUCAUCUUCAUACUGUUUAAAUAUGGAUACACGUAACCUAGAUGAUAUGAUGUAUAAUUUUUCAUACAAUAGAGGGACAUAUGAUUCAUAUGACAAAUUUGAUAAAUUAUACGGAUUAAAAGAAUUGCGUAUGUUUCUGGCAUUCCCAUUACAAGAACAAUUGCCUCUUUGUUUGCUAUCUAACAAGGUAGUACAUGACUUGCUGCCAACAAUGAAACAACUACGCGUGUUGUCUUUGUCAAGCUACAAGAGUAUCACCAAGGUCCCCAAUUCUAUUGGAAAUUUGUCAUACAUGCAGUACUUAAAUCUUUCUCACACUAAUAUUGAAAGGCUGCCUACUGAAAUAUGCAAGCUUUACCGUUUACAAUUUUUGUUGUUGGCAGGCUGUAAAAGGUUCACUGAAUUGCCGGAGGACAUAGGAAAAUUGGUUAAUCUGCGGUACCUUGACGUUAGUGACACUGCAUUGAGGGAGAUGCCCGUACAAAUAGUCAAACUAGAAAAUCUCCACACUUUGUCCGACUUUGUUGUCAGCAAACAUAAUGGUGGAUUGAAUAUUGCAGAUCUAGGAAAACUUCCCCACCUGCAUGGAAAACUUUCAAUCUCACAGCUACAAAAUGUUAAUGACCCCUUUGAAGUAGAUCGAGCCAAUAUAAAGAAGAAAGAACAAAUUGACGAGUUAGCUUUGGAAUGGGAUUGCAGUAGUACUUCUUUAGAUUCACAAAUUCAAAGUGUUGUACUUGAAAAGUUGCGACCGUCAACAAAUUUGAAAAGUCUCACCAUCAAAGGCUAUGGUGGAAUCAACUUUCCUAAUUGGUUAGGUAGUUUUAUAUUUAGCAACAUGGUGUAUUUAAGGAUCUCGAAUUGUAAUGAUUGUUUAUGGCUUCCACCCCUUGGACAAUUGGGUAAUCUGAAAGAACUCGUUAUUGAAGGGAUGCAAUCAGUGGAGACGAUUGGUAUUGAGUUCUAUGGAUGGGGUGGUUCUUCAUUUCAACCAUUUCCCUCUUUGGAGAUUCUACACUUUGAGAAUAUGCAAGAGUGGGAGGAAUGGGACUUGAAUGGAGGUACGACGUUUCCUAGUCUAAAAACUUUAUCGCUAAGUAAGUGCCCAAAACUGAUAGUAGGAAACAUAAUUGACAAAUUUUCUUCCUUAACUGAACUUGAGUUAAGAGAAUGUUCUUUACUAGUGCAAUCAAUGCCAUUAUCCAAUCAUUUAUUCCGGCAACUGAUGUUCCCUUUGAACUCUCUUCAACAGCUCACCAUAGACGGCAUUCCAUCUUCAAUGUCUUUUCCAACAGAUGGUUUGCUAAAAGCCUUGAAACUUCUCAUAAUCAGUAAUUGUGAGAAUCUAGAAUUCCUUCCUCACGACUACUUGCACAACUACACGUCGCUUGAGGAAUUGAAAAUAUCUUAUAGCUGUAAUUCAAUGAUAUCAUUUACCUUAGGCACUCUUCCUGUCCUCAAGAGUCUGUUCAUUGAGGGUUGUAUAAAUCUGAAAUCAAUAUUAAUUACUGAAGACGCAUCUCAAAAGAGUCUCUCACUUCUUAGAAGCAUCAAAAUAUGGGACUGUAAUGAACUGGUGUCAUUUCCCCCAGGUGGAUUGGCCACUCCAAACCUCAUUUACUUUGCAGUGUGGAAGUGUGAGAAACUUCCUGCUUUACCUGAAGCAAUGCAGAAUCUGACUGACCUCCGAGAUAUGGAAAUCGAUAAUCUACCAAAUCUUCAAUCUUUUGUCAUAAAUGAGUUGCCUAGCCGUUUACAGAAACUGUCUGUUGGCUCUGUUGGUGGGAUUAUAUGGAAUACUGAGCCAACUUGGGAACAUCUCACUUGUCUCUCGGAGUUGCGAAUUAACGGCGAUGACAUAGUGAACACGCUGAUGAGGCCAUUGCUACCUACAUCGCUUGUGACACUAUGUAUUUGUGGUCUUAAUGAUACAAGCAUUGAUGAGAAGUGGCUUCAACACCUCACUUGUCUCCAAAACCUUGAGAUUAUUAACGCUCCCAAACUCAAGUCGUUGCCAAAGAAAGGAUUUCCUUCCUCUCUUUCAGUACUAAGUGUGACUCGCUGUCCAUUACUGGAAGCAAGUUUGCGGAAAAAGCGUGGGAAAGAGUGGCGUAAGAUUGCUCACAUUCCCUCCAUAAUUAUUAACGACGAAUUGAUCACAUGA